AUGGCAGCCAACGCGCCUGUCCUUCCUGAACAGCUCAUAUACUUGAUAAUACGCUUCACAGCCUCCGUCCCCGACCUACCCCUCUCUAUCUACACGCCCCGUGUCAUUGCGACCCUCUCGCUCAAGCAGAUCAUCCGUCAACACCUCCCACCCGAACAUGCCUCGUCGCGAUUACGCUUAAUCUAUGCGGGCAAAGUCCUCGCAGACAAUGACCCGCUAUCUCGAUCGUUAAGGCUUCCGCCACCGCCGCCACCCCGCACAGGCAGCAGCAGUAGUACCGGAGAGGGAAGCAAGAGCAAAGGUAAACAGCCGCUGAGAGAAACGCCCGCCGUACAAUACGGCACAACGGAAAUACCCUCUGAAGCGAAGAAGUACUACAUACACUGUUCCCUCGGCGAUGCGCUCUCCGCCUCCGAGCUCGCCAGCGAAGCCACCCUCGCCCAAAAUAUAGAAAUCAGUCUGAAAUCACAGUAUGACGCUUCGUCCUCUGAGCUCCGCCGCAAAGGCAGCGGGGCAGACUACAAUGCGCGCAGACGCGGGUCUACUGCGACGACGGGGACGGCUGGUGGAACGGACGGGGCUGUGCCUCAAGCUCAGGGUUUCGAUCGGCUGUUGAGUUCGGGCUUUACACCUGCGGAAGUAGCGAGUUUGCGCUCGCAUUUUACGACGAACCUUUCGUUUACGCAUACGCCUGAUACGAUGCCGACGCCGGCCCAGAUCCGUGUGCUGGAAGAUCGAUGGCUUGACUCGUCGGCUAAUGAUCCCUCGGCUUCUCUGACAGCGCCUGGUGCUACGGGCGGUGAGACGGGAUGGGGCGCGGGGUUUGCGGUGGAGGAGGGUGGGCUGGAUGAUAUGCUGUAUGGGUAUUUGACUGGCUUCUUUUUCCCGCUCGGCAGCUUGGUGUGGGGGUUUCGUGAGGAAGGGGUGUGGACGAGACGGAGGCAGGUUGCUGUUGUUAUGGGGGUGUUGAUAAAUGCUGUUUUUGGCUUCAUGAGAUGGGGUGCAUGA